AUGGUGGACGCGGCUUUGGACAGUGACGCACAGGCUCGCCUGCUUCUCUGUCCACGGGAGAGCGCAGCUUACGCGCGCCUCGACGUCACACACAACCUCCAUCCUGGGCGUAGGUGGAUGGAAAUUGUGUUUACGCUGGAUGCGCCCUUGGCCUCCGUCAAAGACAAGCUGUACAGACACACGGGAAGCAGCCCGAGCAAUAUCCAGGUUUUCCUCAAAUUCACGCCGGAGGACCCGGGAAGGCCUCUCCUCGACCCCGCGCAAACGCUCAGAGAAGCAGGCUGCGUAGAAGGCUGCAUUCUCCACGUCGUCGACGACAGUGGGGAGCGAGUCGCCGUUCCUCCCUCUUCCGUGGGCGAAAGCAGGGAAGAAAGUUUAGAGGGGAAGUAUGUUAUGGACGAAGAAACGUACGACCAACGUGAAGGAACUGCCCGAAAGUUUCUCGCGCGCCUGCAAAAGGAACAGCCCGACUUGUUUGCCAAGAAAAAGGAAGCGAAGGUCGAGGAGGAAGAUGAAGAAACGUGGAAGCAACGAUUGGAAACCGCGCGAACCACGUUCCCCAUCGGCAGCCGUUGCAGGCUCUCUGGCGACCGCCGCGGGGCGGUUGCUUAUGUGGGACCGCGUCCGUCGAAGUCUCUUCGGCAAAUCUGGAUUGGCGUGGCUCUGGACGAACCCCUCGGCACGACAGACGGCCGAGAUGGGACGUCGAAGAAGGCUGCCGGCGCGCAUCUGAAGCCUCUUUUUGAGUGUAAUGGAGAGAAAUAUGGAGAGUUUGCAACGCCGGACGAAGUGGAAGUGGGCGACUUCCCGCCCAUAGACCCGUUUGAUUUGCUCGACGAAAUUUAG